GUACACAGCACUCGCGUUUUCCUUCCCUGUUCUCCCUCGUUUUUCGCAAAUCUCUUUUCUUUCUCCCUCUCUUUCUGCUCUUCUCCCCCCUGCGUUUCUCUCCCCACCACACUCCCUCGUCGCUCCACACUGCCGCCUCCCCCCUGUUUUGUCCGUGCUCUGCUCGUCCCCUCCAGUCGCUCUCUCGCGCUGCCGAUCUCUUGUCGCGCCGUCUUCUGGCAGGUGCCGCUACUCUUCUCCCGGGAGCUUUUCGUGGACGCGUGGUGACUUGAUUUUCCCUCGCGCUUCUGUCUUUCACUUCUCUGGGUCUCCGUCGACGAAGACACUCGCGCGGGAGACCAAGCGCUCCGACACACGGUCCAGGGAACCCUGACAGCAGGCAGCACUGGGCGAGGCGCUCGUCCUCGGAAACCUCUUUUGUUUCUUCUUCCCCGACAAGAUGAAUAUCGCGACUGACGAGUUUGGCAAUCCCUUCAUCAUCCUGCGAGAGCAGGAGGAGAAGAAGCGUCUGAAAGGCAUCGAGGCGCACAAGUCGAAUAUUCUGGCUGCAUGCGCCGUCGCCGACACGCUCAGGUCCUCCCUGGGUCCGAAGGGCAUGGAUAAAAUCAUCGUAGGACCCGAUGGUCAGGUGACAGUUACCAACGACGGAGCUACGAUUCUAAACAAGAUGCAGGUGGAGCACCAGUGCGCUCGUCUCCUCGUCGAGCUCUCUCAGUCGCAAGAUGCAGAAAUCGGCGAUGGCACGACGGGAGUGGUGAUUCUCGCGGGGAACCUCCUCUCCCAGGCCUACCGUCUAAUUGAGAAGGGACUGCACCCUCUGCGCAUUGCGGAUGGGUUCGAGAAGGCCAGUCAACUUGCUGUCGAGAGGAUCAGAGAAGUCGUCAUGAAAAAGGACGUCUACGACGCAGACAAGGAACUCCUCGUGCAUGCAGCGAUGACUGCGCUCGGUAGCAAAGUCGUCAGCAGCCACCAGCGGCACUUGGCAGAAAUUUGCGUUCAAGCUGUUUUGACCGUCGCGGAUCGCGAGCGAAACGACGUCAACUUCGACCUCAUCAAGGUCGAUGGCAAGGCUGGAGGCCUGCUGGAGCAGACCAUGCUCGUGAACGGCGUCGUGCUACACAAGGACCUGAGUCACUCGCAAAUGCCAUCGGUGACGAAAAACGCAAAAAUCGCGAUUCUCACUUGCCCCUUCGAGCCGCCGAAACCGAAGACCAAGCACAAACUCGACAUCAAAACUGUUGAGGACUACAAGAAGUUGCAAGCGGCCGAACAGAAAUACUUCACGGAUAUGAUUCAGAAAGUCAAGGAGGCAGGCGCCAACUUUGUGAUUUGCCAGUGGGGCUUUGACGACGAAGCAAACCACCUUCUUCUGCACGAAAACAUCCCUGCGGUUCGCUGGGUCGGCGGCGUCGAGCUGGAACUCAUCGCUCUCGCUACGCAAGGCCGCAUUGUCCCUCGAUGGGAGGAACUGACUGAAGCGAAGCUGGGGCAUGCAGGCGUCGUUCGAGAGAUUUCCAGUGGCACCAUGGGAGACAAAAUGAUCGUCAUCGAAGAAUGCAAGAACAGCAAAGCUGUGACCGUGGUGGUGUAUGGAGGGAACCAGAUGGUGGUGGCGGAGGCGGAGAGGUCGAUGCACGAUGCUCUGUGUGUAGUGCGAAACUUGAUCAGAGACCCUCGUGUUGUUGGAGGUGGAGGAUCUGCCGAACUCGCCGCUGCGAUCGCGGUGGAGAACGAGGCAGACAAGAUCCCGGGAGUGGAGCAGUACGCAGUCCGUGCCUUUGCAGAUGCUCUCACUGGAGUCGUCGAGGCUCUGGCAGAGAACUGUGGGCUCUCCGCCAUCGAGGAAGUCCAGCGCGUCAAGGUCAAGCAGAGAACAGAAAACUAUCCCUACUUCGGCCUCGAUUGCAUGCUGAAGGGAACCGAUGACAUGCUGAAGCAGAACGUCGUCGAAACCUUCUCCUCGAAGGCGAACCAAAUCAUGCUCGCCACUCAAGUGGUGAAAAUGAUUCUGAAGAUCGACGACGUCAUUGCGCCAAAUGACUACCAGUAGAAAUGUGAAGCAUCCCGGCGUUUGCCCUCGUCUUUGCGCACAAGCUGAGAAGCAGAGAGGACUUCCUUUGAAUCAAAUUUCCCCGAAAACGCAGAAGUACCGCCUUCAACUUGGAUGCCGAACGGAGAACGGAUACAGCGAGUCUCUCGCUUUGCGUGCAAUCCUGGAAUAGAAAUCGCCUCGGGGGAACAAAGACGCUCAAGGUCUAAACGAACAGUCUGCAUGCUCUGCUCACAGAGUAGAACUUGGAUCCGGAAAAGAAGACCUUGGGACGGAAUGUCUAUCCCAGUAGGGCAAGUCGGAGUAUGAGCGGGCAGCAUGCGUGGCACGAUCUCGUUGCUGGCAAAAUGCAUGAAACGUUUUCUUCCAUUCCUGCUGUCAGUCCGAAAGAAAACAAGUUUCUCUGGUCUCCAGAGGAGUCGAACCGGCGGGGAAACGCGAGAUUCUACUUCGAGGAAUGUGCCGAGCAUGCACAGCAAUAUACAUUUCGUCGUUGCUAUUUCGUUGACAUGUUUUGAUGCCCUGUGGCAGUAUAAAAAACUCAGAUCGAGUGGGCGAGAGACAGAAAAGUUCCUCUGUUCUUCAGUGGUGGCGUGUUUCUGAGGGCGAUGCAAAUUUGUGGAGGUCUGGUCGGAUAGGCGCGAGAGAGGCUCUCGAAUCAAGGGUGGCUUCUGUGUGUAGGGGUCAUGAAAGGAAUACACGAGGCAAUUUGUUAGAAUCUCGAGGAAUGCACAACAUCUGUUGUUCGUUCCAUAUUUGUCUGUCUGCAUUUUCUUGAUUGCUCGUAUGUCAAUUUGGAGUCUCGUUCCCAUUCGAUCGACGAUGUGGCUAUCUCCAGUCUUGCUUUUCUUCGAGUUUGCUGUGGAGAAAAAGCUUUUCUCUUAGCGUGUCACUUUCUGUCUUUCGUUGUGUUCUCAUCGCCGGAUCAGAAGCUCUUACAGCGACUUCGCUGUGGUUCGUUUGCUUCACCUGCACACAGACAGAUCCGCUAAAAAUCGGGUUG